CACACACACACAGAGGGGGUGUGUGUGUGUGUGUGUGUGUUGCUCUACUUCCCUUUGAAAGUUGUUGACUUCAAAGGAGCUCCUGAACGACACGGUCGCUGCAGAAUGCUGCCACACUUCAUGGAUUUGGGAGUUUCUCCUGAGCCGAGUUCCAGUUAAAUAACCCGUUUUUUGAACGGACAGAGGAACAUACAGGCGACCGUCUGGAGAGUUUAAAUAAACGAACUUUUCUUUUUAAUGUUUUCUAUUUUUGUUCUUUGAAGUGAGAGUUGAGAUAAAGUUAGAGGAGAACGUGUAGCGCCACCAUGCCGGGGAACAGUGGAGUGUACGCCGUGAAGAGGAGGAAGAAGCCCGCUACCAAAAGUGCCAAGACUCCGCCGGUGAAGACCAAUCCGUCCAAACGGCACCGGGACCGUCUGAACGGAGAGCUGGACCGCCUCACCGGCAUGCUGCCGUUCUCCGACGAGGUCAGAGGUCGUCUGGACAAGCUGUCGGUGCUCCGGCUCAGUGUGGGGUACCUCAAAGUUAAGAGCUACUUCAACGCAGCGCUGCAGAUGCACGUGAGGUCGGCUCCUCUCGUGUCUGCAAACGGCAGAAAUGGAGAGUCGGUGUCUCUGGAUGGAGUGACUUUCUCAGAGGGGGAACUCCUGCUCCAGGCGUUAAACGGGUUUGUGUUGGUCGUGACGACUGAUGGAACGAUAUUCUACACAUCACCGACCAUCCAGGACUUCCUGGGCUUCCAUCAGUCCGAUGUGGUCCACCAGAGUGUCCACGAUCUCGUCCACAUGGAGGACAGAGAGAUGUUCAGAUGUCAGCUCCACUUUGCCCUCAAACCCAGCGACUCGCAGUCAGACGUGAGAGCACAAGAGGGCCAGUCGAGCAGUAAAGCUUUGAGCAGCUCCGGGAGCUCGUUGCCUCAGUACGUCCCCCCAGAGAACUCCUCUUUCCUGGACAGAAGCUUCUGCUGUCGCCUUCGGUGCCUCCUGAACAACGCCUCCGGAUUCCUGGCUCUGAACUUCAACGGACGUCUGAAGUACCUCCAUUUGCAGGGAAACGCGUCUCCUCCUCAGUUGGCUCUGUUUGCCAUCGCCACUCCUCUGCAGCCUCCCUCAGUCAUGGCGAUCCGGACUAAGACCCUCAUCUUCCAGUCCAAACACAGGAUGGAUUUUGCUCCUGUGGGCAUAGACACCAGAGGGAAGCUGGUUUUAGGAUAUACAGAGAUAGAGUUAGUCACAACGGGCUCUGGCUAUCAGUUCAUCCACGCCGGCGACAUGAUGUACUGCGCUGACAACCACCUCCGCAUGAUGAAGACUGGAGACAGCGGCUUCACGUUCUUCAGGCUGCUGACCAAAGCGGGGCGCUGGUUGUGGGUUCAGGCCAAUGCCAGGAUCGUCUUCAAGGGAGGGAGACCGGACUUCAUCAUCGCUCGCCAGAAGGCCCUCACAAACGAAGAAGGAGAGGAACAGUUGCACCAGAGGAGACAGCAACUCCCGUUCAACCUCGCCACGGGUGAAGGAGUCCUGUACGACGUUUCUCUUGAAUCCAUCCCGGAUCCUCCUGGCUCCGGUGCACCGGGCACCACGGAGCCCGCGAUGGAGAAACCUCUGGACCCCGCCUCCCUCCUGGGAUCCCUUCGCCGGCAGGACCACUCUGUUUACACCCAGCCGCAGGAACCCAGUGCCCAGCUCCCGAUCUUCACCCAGAUAGAGGACCUGGAUUUGGAACAACCCCAGCCGACCUCGGAGUGGGCCUUCCUGGACAGCCACGCUCUGCUCAGUGUGCCGGGCCAGAUGCAGGCCUCCAGGUCCAUCACGGGGGACCUCACAUCGGAGGCCAUGAUGGACUCUUUGGAGCAGAUUUUGGGGGAUAUUGAGGAUGGAGGGAUAGAGGGUCUUGAAGUUGAGGAGGCAGAGCUGAGGGACUGGGAGAGCACCCUCGCCAGGCUGAACGACGAGAGGGAAGACGUAUCGAGGGAACUAAAUCCCAUCCUGGCCAACGACGUGUUCUCGUAUGUGGAGGAAGCUCUGAGGAGAGAGACUGCGCAGGGUUCAGAUCACGUUUCUGUGUCUUUCAACAAGUUAUCCAUCCAACAGCAUCCCGGGUCUGUGUUUUCAAACAACGAGUGGCAGCAAACCACGGACGCCACGGCUGUCUUUGCAGAGCCGGCUCCGUUUGGAGACGUUCUCAGUGCCGUCGGUUAUCCGGCUGCACUGAAAGGUGCUUCUCAAGUUGUGUCUCACGGGGCGGCGCACACACGGUGUCGUAACGCUCCGCAGGGACACACCUCGUCACUGUGGCCUCCAGGCAGCAGCAGCUCUCACCACUGUAGCAACCAAACGAUGUCAACACAAUCCUGCCACGCUGUUCAAAACACCAACAACACCCACAGCAGCUCGAACCAAACUGUGCAAUACACACUGACUGGUUCUCAGCAGACUCGCACGGGGCCGCAGCUUCAGAGCCAGUCGGUGUGGCAACAGUUUCCCCAUCACACACCGACUCAUCCCUCACACACAGCAGGCGUGCCCUCAACGGCUCGAUCAUCCGGCAGCUGCAUGUACGAGAAAAGAGACGGUCGCACACCGAACGCCGCCACCGUUCCCACCACACAGAACGGGCCUCUUCUGGGACCUUCGUGCUCCAGAGGAACCGCGAACGCUCCCUUCAGCCGGCCCCAUCCGGGCACGGCGGUCGGAGGCGUCGAUGAGAUGAUGAUGUACACAGAUGUGGGCGACAUCAGCUCGGGAUCAGCUCCAUCACAAUUUCCUCCUGAAAGUGCAUCAUUACAGUCGUCAUUCUUCUGUUGGAACGGUGAAGCUCAGAUCCCCAGAGUUUCCCUGAACGGUGUCGUUGACCCGUUUGCCUUCCCUGCCCUUCACCUUCACCCCGGGAGCAUCAACCUCCCCCGAGACACCGGCCCGUAGCAGCUCGAGGGAGAUUUGCACACAAGUCCGAGGAGGAGUUUCCCCCUCUGGGAUACUCGUCAUAUCUCAUAGAUGUUUGGUCUGCUCUGGCUCACCAAGAAACACCAACCCUCUCAUUUCAAACUCAAAGAAACUUCUGCUGCAUUGCAGUCUUUUGACUCUUCAAAUAUUUAUCAAACAAUCUUUUCCAAUAAUUAGCUUUUUUACUCAUAUUCACGCGGCGAGUAACCAACAAUGAAUGUGAGUGAAAGCGUUGUUGCAGACUUGAUGAUCUCUUGACUGUAUCACACACAGUGUGAGGAACAUGUGCUCGUCAUAUAGAAGACCAUUUCAUCCUUCUUACUGUACGUCUCAAUGUGAAUCCGUGGACUCUGUUGUUGUGUAACUUCUUGUUAAUAUCCAGUUCAUAUCAGCGUUCAGGGGACACGUUAUAUCACUUCAUAUCAGGUCUUGUGAUACCUUCAUUUCUUUGCUUUCAAAGUAAAGAAAUGUUUGUUCUCGUGUAAAGUAAACAUGCACAUUUCCAUCAGGGUUUCUCAACAUUUGGUCUUUUAAGUACGUCUUCUCUUCUUCUACAACAGUUUAAUGGCACCCGACUGGAGAAUUAGCGCCACCAACUGUUUAUCUCGAUGAACCAACUUCUAAUAUUAGCAGUAAUGGAUGGAGUAAAAAUGUGCUCUACAUAUGGAUUGAAACUGACCACCUUCUACGGGAACACAAAGAGGGAAUUUUACACAGAACAGAAUGUAACUUUGGAGGAUAUCCAAAAUAUUAACUUCAGAUGAACUUGGUAAUUUCUUUGCACAGAACAAGGAUUUUGUCCCCCAUCGCUGACAUUGGAAGCGUUUUCCUAGAGGAUCUUUUCACGUCGUGGGUUCGAUCCCCGGGCUGGACGGCUCUUCUGGGUGGAGUUUGCAUGUUCUCCUCUCGGCAGCGGGUUCUCCAGCUUCCUCCCACAGUCCAAAGACAUGCACCCUACAUUAAUUGAUGACUCUAAACCUCCUGUAGAUGUGAAUGUGAACCCUGCCUUCGCCCAAUGUCAGCUGGGAUCGGCAUCAUUACGUCAAGAAAAAAACCUGUUUCAGUGUUCAUCUGGACCUCUGAUAAUUGUUUUAAGAAUUGUGAACUUGUACUUUUACUAGAUUGGUUUUGUUUUUGUCUCCAAGGACGACGUUUGGAUUUUCUUCAGCUGUGAAAACAAAUAUUUUCCCAACACUAACGCAGCUCAUGUUGGAAAGAAUUGUGACUCAGUAGAUGUUUCCCACAGUUUAGAGUUUCAUUUGUGACUUAUAUGGUAAUUUUAAAAGAACUACAAUAGUAGUUCUAUAUUGAAUAAGCUUGAUGGACGUGAAAUGCACACAAUGCAGUAUUAAAAUACUGUAAAAUCUGUUUAACGUGAACAGAUUGUGACUCUGAACAUGCUGUUUAAAUCCAUCCCAGCUGCAGCAAAGAAGAACUUUGUUUACCUUGUCAAAUCAUAUUCAUAGUAAGGUACACAUUUAUGCAUUUUUGGCCUGUAGGAGAUCACCAUAUGACUGUGCUUCUGUAAUUCUACACUCUGUAGCUGAUUAGUAUUCCUCGUGUACAAGAUAUAACCAUUGAGGACACGUGUCAUUAAAGAACUGUACCCCCUCUGUUACCUGCAUGUGUUACUCUCCAUGCCACACAUGAAGUGUUAUCUC